AUCAGUACCACUCUCCCCCCUCCCCCUCCUCUCUCGGUCCGUUUACCGGCUGCUCUCUGCGCGCUGCGGGGCCACACUGCGACCACCGAGGAGGAAGAGGAGGACCGCGGACCGAGGGGGGGCCACAGCGGAACGGAACCGAACCGCAGAACCAGUCGAGGAGGAGACAGAGCGCGCGGAUAAAAAAAAAAUCCCCCCGAAGAAGAAGCGGCAGAAGGCGGAGACGCGUCACACCGCGCCGUUCCUCCCUCCAUCUCUGUCUGUCCCGGAGAACCGACGAGCACCGAGCAGCGGAGCCGCGGAGAGGAUCGGUGAAGCUCGGAGCAGAACGACGAAGGACGCGGUGCUGAAGCCUCCCCCCCCUCCCCUCCCGGACUACGGCCGAUUCUCCGGUUUCUAGCAGCGGCGCGGCGACACCAUGAAGGACCGUACGGCGGAACUGCGAAGCGCUAAGGACAGCGACGAUGAUGAGGAGGUGGUGCAGGUGGACAGGGACCACUUCAUGGAUGAGUUCUUCGAGCAGGUGGAGGAGAUCAGAGGCUGUAUAGAAAAGCUGUCGGAGGACGUGGAGCAGGUCAAGAAGCAGCACAGCGCCAUUCUGGCCGCACCCAACCCUGACGAAAAGACCAAGCAGGAGUUGGAGGAUCUCACAGCUGACAUCAAGAAGACAGCCAAUAAAGUUCGCUCAAAAUUAAAAGCAAUCGAGCAGAGCAUCGAGCAGGAGGAGGGUCUCAACAGAUCAUCAGCGGACCUCAGGAUCCGCAAGACACAGCACUCAACGCUGUCACGCAAGUUUGUGGAGGUGAUGACUGAGUACAACACCACGCAGUCCAAGUACCGCGACCGCUGCAAGGAUCGCAUCCAGAGACAGCUGGAGAUCACUGGAAGAACCACUACCAACGAGGAGCUAGAGGACAUGUUGGAGAGUGGCAAGCUGGCCGUCUUCACCGAUGAUAUCAAAAUGGACUCUCAGAUGACCAAGCAGGCCCUGAACGAGAUCGAGACCCGACACACCGAGAUCAUCAAGCUGGAAAACAGCAUCCGCGAGCUGCACGACAUGUUCGUGGACAUGGCCAUGCUGGUGGAGAGUCAGGGAGAGAUGAUUGACAGAAUUGAGUACAACGUGGAGCACUCCGUCGACUACGUGGAGCGAGCCGUUUCCGACACCAAGAAGGCCGUCAAAUACCAGAGCCAGGCCCGCAAGAAGAAGAUCAUGAUCAUCAUCUGCUGUGUCAUCCUUGGCGUGGUCCUGGCGUCGUCCAUCGGCGGCACGCUGGGCAUGUAAGACGCUCCGCCUCCUGCCGCCGUGACGACAGACACCGACCGACCAACCGACCGACCGUCCAACCGACAGCCAGCAGAGAAAAGAAACAUCAACGACGACGACGACAACCACAAAAAACUUGAAACACAAAUGCAAGACAGAUAACCAAUCAGCUAGGAAGAUAUCGAUCCAAUCACAGUUAAGAGGAAACACCUCGGGUUCAAGGGUGGGGUUCAAAAAACUAAGAAAAAACACAAUGAAAACGCCAUCACAUUAUAGCUGACGUAACUACAUAUACAAAAGAGGGUACGAAUAUUUAUUACAGAUGUAAAUGUAUUGAACAUAUGAAGCAACACGUGGGUUAGCUACCUGUACAAACUCAUCAGCUACAAUACCACAUUGUUUGUUUGUUUGUUUGUUUUGCCUUUUUUCUUGUUUUUUUACUUCCGGGAGUCUCCGAGGACAGUGAUGGCGGCAGCAGGGCGGGAGUUCUGCGGGUUGAAUCUUAGCUUCUGAAACAUUCUGGAGAACGAGCUGCGUCCGGGAACCAGCGUUCCCGAACACAGCUCGUGACCUGCAGGACAAGCGCCCUCUGGCUCGUGUAGAACCCGCUCUGUCCCCUUGUUUCCGGGCUCGGCCGCCUCUUUAAGCCACCCCUCAUUGGUUGCUCACUCCUGUCAUUCACCUCCGUCAGCCUGUCAAAUCAGCCCGACCUGCCACACGCCAUGUAAGGAAACAGCAUGACAGGUUCCCACGACAACAGCCUCCCCUUCUUGUCACACCAAUCCAACCAAAGAGCACGGGGAGGGAGGGAUCUGAUUGGCUGGCAGCAAAAAAGCAUGAAACACCCUGACAGGACAGCGGUGGGAAGGAAGGGGGGCAGGAGGGUUGAAGGAGGGUGGAGGAGAUGGACAGUUAAUCUAUGCAGCUCAGAUCAAAGGAAACACUCGUCCCGCCUCCCCGAACUGAGCCAGCCAAUGAGGAUUAAGCUGUCACAGCUGUUCUUCUGGUAGAUUCCAAAAAAACGAAGAGAACACAUCAAAAAGUAAAAGAAACAAGAACACAACUAACAAACAAAAGUCCGGUUAAUUUGUUUUUGAUGGGGAACGUUUGUCGCUUCGUUGUUGCCGUGGUGCUGCUGUGUUGGUGCGACGCAUCCUGUGACUGAUCGACCUUCAGUGUUUCGUGUCGUCCCUCCAUCUCUGAAUGUGUGUGAAGGUUUCCUAGUGGUGGAUUUUCUCUGUGGAAGGUGGAACAUGUGACACACACACAUUCAUAUUACACAACACGCAUGAACACGUCGUAUUUGUAACUAUUCAUGCACCGGAAAACUCCCAUUAAAGAAUCUCUUGUCCCACUUCAUAGACGGCGUAGCUUAGCAUGCUUCAACGUUAGCUUGUGUUUCAUGUGGAAGAUGUUUGUUGCAGACUGUUUUUUGGGGAUUAUUUUUAUUUUUUUGUGUGCAUGAUGGAUAAAAGACAGUUUCAGAAAAGGCACUUCCAUUGGCAACUUUACAAACAUGGAAGUAAAAGACACUAAAUUUGUUGCGUUAAAACAUAGACUAGACUGUGUUAGCAUUAGCUGUUAGAACAGGACCACUCCCAUUUCUAAAUCCAACUGAGGAACAUCAUUGCUGCUGACUGGGACAAAACAGUGUUACAUUUCAAGACUGUAUUUAUUGUAAAAGCGUGUUCGGGUGAUAGCUUAGUGUGUUUUGCCCCAAACUGGACACGCAGGUUUUUGUUAUCGCUCAGGCUCUGUGAUACGGACGCUUAUCUGCUUCUGUUGAGGCCUUCGCUGCAUGACAACAACCACAAACACCACCUUACACACACGUAACAAUCAGUCUAGAGCAAUAAGAUUAGUAUCAGCUAUUAGAAAAAGGUGUUAGUGAGCUAGCUAGCUCAUCCCUGUUUCUCUGGUUUCAUUUCUGCAUGAGUUUUCUGUUGCUCCUGAAGGCUACACUCUGACAAGAAGUUAACAAAACUAUUGUGAGUUGCUUCUUUGAUCAGGCGGUCACUGCUUUUUGUCUUCUCAGGAGUAGUUAGCGCCGUUAGCUGUAGGUGUCCAUGAUGCUGUGUAGAGGAUAAUAAAAGAGUAGUUUUAGCUUCAAGUGUGGAGAUGAGAGGAGUUUUUGUUUUAUUUUUUAGCUUUCCAAAACCAAAACUUGACUUCUGUGUUCACCAAAGCUUCGCAGACACCCCGAAAACCCUCCGAGAAGUUAGUCGUCAGUAGAUUUAGAAUAGUUUCUCUGCUGUUGUUGUUUCAUGGCCGCUUCUGUCUUUUUGAGUGUUUUCCAGCAAGAAGUUAACCCUCUGAACUUCCAGCAGCAGUUUCUGGGCUCAUUUUUCUUCACUGUGGUUAAUUUUCAUUUGCACUCUGAAGUCCUGCAGCUCAAUGGAAACAGAACAACACGAAGGAGAGAGGACUCUCUUUUAGAUUUGUUGGUGCAAAACACUGAAAAAAAAUGUGGAAACGAUAAAGUCAACACUGGAAACAAAUGGAGGCUGCACAUACAUACACAUACUUUUUCAGUUUAGUUUUUUGUGAAUUUUCAAGCGAGACAUGUAGAAAAGUCAUUUUGAUAAAUUUGGUUUUCCAAUAGAACCGCAUAUCUAAGAGGAGUAGUUCAAGGACUGACCAUUUUCUUCAGUUUUAUAUAGUUUCUGACUAGUAAUUGCUGAAAUUACAAUAUUUAUUUUACAGAUAGCAUUCCUGUCAAACCCAGCCAACAGUUUCUGGGGUUCAGAGGGUUAAAAAAAAUUCUCCUUUAGAUUUUUCCUGGAUAUUUCCGGCUUGUUUAACUGACUUGCCUGUUGCUUCAUUCAUCCCACCACAUUUAACUCAACAUUCUCGGCGGUCAAUGGUUGUUCAGGUGGCGUCACAGUUGUCGCGGUAGUUUCGCAGCGGUCCGGCGGCGGUGAAGACGAUGCGAGGAUGCCGUCGUAGCACCAGCCAGCUUGUUGACACUGACGUUGCUUUGCCAUGUGUGUAUGUGGGUGUGUGUGCGUGUGUGUGUGUGAAUGUUUUCUGUAAAGCGGACAAACAUCACAGAACCAUAACGGCAUUAUCGGUUAUAACGAACGGCUCCGUGAGUCUGUCCGAGCGUUCGGUACCCCCGUCCUCGUGUCUUCCCUGUUCCUGUUGUGUUGUAGUUGUUGUACGAAAAGACGAGGGUUGACCCCGCCCACCCCGCUGUGUGAUAAUUAUAAUAAUAAUAAUAAAAAAGGCAUGCAAAAGCUUUGUGGAGUUUGCAUGAUGGUGUUUUUUGUAUCCCACCCCCCACCCCGGCGUCCAUCUUUACCGCUCAUGUUUGGUUAGCGCAUUAGCUUCUGGCUUUCUCAUUCCAACUUAUUCUGCAUUUUUAUCUAAAACACGUAGUGCGUUUAGUUUGUAAUGUUUUGUUGAAGGUGAUCAGUUAUCCAUCCCGCUUCGCCCCGACCCCCCCGACCCCCCGACACCGACCUCCAAACCUCCUGCUGGGUUUCCUGCCGCUGUUUUCUCUGCUCGUUGGGAGCGACGGUGGCCGAAGCUCCGCCCAGCGUUGUGUGUGUGCAGCAUGCCUCCCUCCCUCUGCAGCGAGUCGAGAUUGCAAAUGUGUGUGUGUUUGUGUGUGUUGGAGCAGCACAAGUUUGUGUAGAUGUGCGAAGUGUCUGAUCGCAGGUCGGCGGGCUGCAGCCGCUCCUCUGAUUUCACUUUAAUUUAAACUGCGACAAAAGAGAUCAGACAUAUUUACAUGUUGUUCUGUUGACCCGAUUCAAACCAAAGCGUUUCCCCUCAUGUGUUCUCAACAAUGUUUGCCGCUAAUUUCAAAGAGCACAAAGCAAGUCGAGUUUACACAGAGAUUCACAAACAGAGAAUAAAUAUAGAAAUAAAGAAAACAAUAAGCCCCGCCCAUCACCAGCCCUCACUGCAUGUCCAUCAAUCAAACCUGUCCGAUAUCAAUCUUAAGCCACUCCCCCUUUCCUUCCCUCUGCGCCUGUAGAUGUUCGUUUGUGAAAAAUCUGACACAUAAUCAAAAAAAGUUAGCAUACGUACUUCUCCUUCACUGAGACAAACAUGGAGACGACGGUGGUGCUUUCUUCUUCUUUAUUUAUAGACUGCUUUUAUUUUGGUGUCAUUAUUUCCUGUGUUUACCAGUCGUGUUGGCGCUGCAGGAUUGAUGCUUCCCGCUGAGUUUCAGGGUUCACUAGUUGGUUAGCUCUUAUAUACGGAUUAGGAACCGUGUAGAGAAGUAGCAAUAUUCUUCUUUAUUCUUCUCCACUCCGUCUACAGCCAACAUAAUCUGGCUGAUAGUGUUACCAGAAGCUUAGUAGAUGUUGAGCACUGCUGGCAAAUUGUGGUGACAAACCACUGGUGAACACUUUCUGGAAAGCUAAUGUCUUUCCUGCACAUCUGGUGCAAACAUGCAGAGACAAUUUUUUUCUUUUGUUACAGCUGCACUUGCUGCACUUUCAUCAUUUUUGCUGUCAGUCUUAAUCCUACAAAGUUCUGAUUGGCUGAACACCAGAAUUAUUGGUCUAAAAACUUGUGAGCGGUCAUCCGGAGGACUAAAACAAGCUGCAAGGUUUGUAUCAGAUGGACAAAUUGACAAACAAAUCAAAAAAAAAUUACACUAUUUUUGCUUCCAAAGUACAACAUGAGCACCAGAAAAAAUUAAAAGCAAGAGCUACAAACGAUCUCUACCUUAAUACAGUGUUUGCUAACUAGCUUCACUGGGACCUGCAGCGAGCAUCUUUCUGUUAGCAACAACCGACUGCAGCCUUUCAAGUCAUAUAUAUACGCAAGAAUAUAUAAAUAUAUAUAUAAAGUUACAUCAACAUACUGCGUUUCUAUAACUGUGUGUGUAGCCAUUACUGCUUCUUCUGGCUGUGUGAGUCGGAGCGAGGCAUCGGAAGCAGGAGAAAAUCAUCCGGAGGGAGUUUGGGUGCGACGCCACGCCUCCAAAGAUAGCAUUAGCUGUUAGCCAUUAGCUGGCGCGUUGCUUCACACGUUGACUCGUGGUCUCUGUGUGGAUGCGACGUGCUGCGCAGUUAUUUCUGCAAAGUGACGAGGAUCCGAGUUCGUUCCUCUGCCGUCGGACGUUUAAACUCUGCUCUGCGAUGAUUUUUGUCUUCCUGAAUCCAUUUUCAAAAACCAAAACCUGUCCGGUGCCCUGCUCCGGGUGAAGCAAUGAAUUUGUUUGUUUGUUUGCUUGUUUGUUGUGGCCGCGGCCCGCUGUUGUCAGCAGGAGCCACCGCGGCGAUUCCUUUGAUGCUCCGCCCACUUCUGCUCUGACAGUAUUCGGUUUGCAUCAGUGUUUCUGUUCCCUAGUGGGAGGGGUGGGAGGAGUCAGGGGAGGGGUCAUACAGAUAGACCACACCCACAUUAUCCCUGCCAUAGCAAGUAGGAAAGACACUUGUUAUUAUCAUUAUUAUUAUUAUUGUUAUUAUUAUUAUUAUUAUUAUUAUUAUUAUUACCAUAAUGAGAAUAAAAUGCAGUAAGAGGGAGAACGGCUUCACACAAAGUGAUCAAACUAACAGAAAAAAGGGAGGUUCUGACGAUUCUGUAAUAGCAAUGAUUUAAAGAAAUGGAGUUAUGUUAUCAUAAAUAAUAGUAGUAAUAUUGAAUAUUGAAUGCUCGCAAUUUUGUCAAACUGAAACUGGAUUCUUUGUGUUAUGUAAUUAUUGUAAAUAACUUCAAAGAGAGAAAAAAUGACUUGCAUGUCUAUGUAUAAAUCUACUGAGAUAUCUAUUCCCGUCAAAGUUGACACGUAGUUCGAUCUCUGUCCUUUAUUUUUCUCCCCCGUCCUCACCUCCGGCCCGCCGCCCUCCCGUAAACACACCCAAUCUUGUCUCUGAUUGGCCGAGCGGCGACAGCAGAGGAAAGAGAAACGUAGCUUCCAGUCGGUUCAGACGUUGUGUUCACGCUCACCUGCGGGGUUUACAGGUGUGACAGCACGUCGCAGCUUUAAACUCUUCAAAGAUCCUGGCAGGGUUCUGUAAACGCAGCCCAACCUCACCUCUGCCCAUCAGCCCAGCUCCAGAGGCUCCGCCCACUGGCUCCUCUGAUGAAAGUGCUUCCCUCCAUAUUAGGAAAACUAACCCCGCCUCCAGGGCUCUCCAGGCCACACCCCCUGAUCACUUUGGAAGCUCUGUUAGCGGUUUCCUCUCUUCUCUCUCUCUCUCUCGCCGUUCAGCUCUCGGCCACAGCGAGCUCGCCAAACGAAGUCCUGAAACUGGGUCUCUUUACCCACCUGCCUCCCCCAGAGAUUAGCCCGCACCCUUCCAGCGAGUAGCCAUAUCCCAAACAGCCUGUGAGAGCGUCAAGCUGUGUAAGUCAAGUUGCUUCGCAAAACUUUUCAAUACAAGCACACUUCUCUCAGCAUCUUCUCACUGGUCGUCUCACAAAAACCGCAAUCUAAAGCUGCUGUUAGAGUUGUUAAAAUUGCAGCAAGAUCUGGGCCCUGUUUCCCAAUGCCGAAAUUCUUUUCGAAGAACCAAAAUCACACUCCGAUAAACCUCAAACUGUCUUCCUUUCGAUCGUUCAGUCCUCGCCGUGUUCCUCGAGGAGAUCUGCGGCCGCUCGAAGCCAUCGAAGGUUGAACCAAAUGAAGUUCGGUUUUACCUGGACACACCUUCGAGGGCUUUGAGGUGCCGCCUACCGUCAGGCCCCGCCCUCUCGCCUCACACAGGCCUAUCGUAACACAGUGUGCAAUAUUCAGAGAAACAAGGGCUUUCUUUAUCAUGCAGAGGCGCUCCGACCGCCGCAGGCCUCCUCCUGCACCGACUCGCCAAAUUUUAGACGCCGCGAACAUGCAGAAGUCCUGCGUCUUUGUGUUGGUUUCAGUUUCCCAGUGGGUAAACUCGGGGGAACCGGUGGGUGAGAGACGUGAAGUGAGAGGAAAUAUUCCCAAACCGAACGAGGACACGGCGAUCGCUCUUCACUCGCAACUUUGACCGGAAAUGCAACUUGUGUCCCGUUUUUUUGUGUGUGUGUAUGUGUGCGUAGCGUAAUGUAAAAGCGAUCUGUCCCCCCCUCCCCCGCCCCUCCCCCCUCUAAAACACCCUUCCCCCGUCUCCCCCUCCUCCCCCCUCUCUCGUACUGCUGUUGGCUGUUCUGUUUAGUUCAUGUGACGUGCCAGUAUUCCCCCUCCUCCCCCCUUCUUUACCCCUUUUGCCCCACCCACCCCGUCCUCCCCUUCUCCCCCUCCUCCCCCUCCCCCUUCCUCUCUCGCUCUCUCUCUCUCCCCCCUCCCCUCCCCCCUUCAUGGAUCUUUAAGAUGACAACUCUAUGCAGAUGCUGUCUUUUAUAAGUGUGUCAAAAUUUUAAUUUAAAAUAAAAACUGAAAAAAACAAACCCUGACAGACAUAUUGAAACGAUAACAAAAAAUGAAUAAAGAAAAGGAUUGUUCAGUGUA